AUGUCGCGGAAGGCUCACCGCAACGGUAUCAAGAAGCCUAAGACCCACCGUUACCCCAGCACGCGCGGUUGGUUUCCUCGCUUGACCACGAUGUUUCGUUCUACCCUAUGUCUUCGUAUUUCGAGCAUGUCUAACGAGCAGGUGGACCCCAAAUUCAUGCGCAACCAGCGUUACGCUAAGCACGGCUCUGAAAGGGCUCUGCGUGAGGCUCGCGCCGCUGCGCAGUCUGCAUAA